UCCUAGAAACGACCAGGUUCAACGUAUCGCCACUAUUGAUUUUUCUUUUCCUCCCAAGUAACAAAGUCUACUCACGCUUGUCUUGAGUAUGCUUAAUCAACUGAAAAUUAAGCCUUAUGAAACGGAUAUUAUUAGUUUGAAUUUUUUUUUCUUUUAUUAUGUGAACAUGAAAUUCCUCUGAUGUGUGGACUGGACAUGAAAAAAAGAAAAAAAGAAAAAGAAAAAAGAAAGUCCACUCACGCCUCUGCAGAAACCUCAAUAAACCCCCGAGUGACGAGCCCAACUUUCCCUCCACAAUGGCUUUCUCGGAGUACAGGCCGCUGGAUGAGAAGUCCCUGAUCGAGUACAUAAAGGCCGUUCCCGCCCUCUCCUCUAAGCUCGGCAACAACCUCGACGACAUCAAGAUCAAAGAGGUCGGAGAUGGCAACCUCAAUUUCGUCUACAUCGUUGUCGGCCCGGCCGGUUCUUUCGUCAUCAAGCAGGCUAUCCCAUACUUACGAUGUAUAGGGGAAUCUUGGCCGAUGACAAAGGAACGGGUAUAUUUUGAGACACUGGCACUGAGAGAGCAUGGUCGAUUUAGUCCUGAGCAUGUGCCUGAAGUUUAUCAUUUUGAUCCUACUAUGUCUUUGUUUGGCAUGCGGUACUUGGAGCCUCCACAUAUAAUCCUGAGAAAAGGGUUGAUUGCUGGGACCGAGUACCCCUUGCUGGCAGAGCACAUCUCGGAUUACAUGGCUAGGACUCUUUAUUUUACAUCCCUCCUUUAUCAUUCCACUACGGAGCACAAACGUGCUGUUGCUGAAUUUUGUGGGAACGUAGAGUUAUGCAGGCUCACUGAGCAGGUUGUUUUUUCUGACCCUUACAAGGUUUCUCAAUAUAAUCAUUGGACUUCCCCUUAUCUUGAUCGUGAUGCUGAGGCUCUUCAGGAGGAUAAUGUUUUGAAGCUUGAAGUUGCUGAGUUGAAAUCUAUGUUCUGUGAGAGAGCACAGGCUCUUAUACAUGGUGAUCUCCACACUAGUUCUGUCAUGGUUACCCAUGAGUCAACUCAAGUUAUAGAUUCAGAAUUUGCAUUUUAUGGGCCUAUGGGAUUUGACAUUGGAGCAUUUAUUGGAAACUUGAUUUUGGCAUUUUUUGCACAAGAUGGACAUGCUGAUCAAGUAAAUGACAGAAAAUCAUUUAAGGAGUGGAUUUUGAGGACGAUUGAAGAGACAUGGAAUCUUUUCCACAAGAAAUUCAUUGCACUUUGGGAUGAGCACAAGGAUGGUUCUGGUGAGGCAUAUCUUCCUGCAAUAUAUAACAAUCCUGAGCUUCAGCGGCUUGUACAAAAGAAAUUUAUGGAAGAUUUAUUCCAUGACACCCUUGGAUUUGGUGCUGCCAAAAUGAUAAGGAGAAUUGUUGGAGUGGCACAUGUUGAGGAUUUUGAAUCAAUCACUGAUGCUAGCAAACGGGCAGAAUGUGAACGCCGGGCUCUUGAAAUGGCAAAGUUGCUUCUCAAAGAAAGGAGAAAAUUCCAGGCCAUUACUGAAGUUGUUUUAGCCAUUCGAAAACUCCAGUCAUGACAAAGUAUUUGGUAAAUGACAUUACUGUGAUCAUAUUAUUUAGUAUUUGUGUUAGUGUCCAAUAACGAAUAAUCUCCGAUAAGGGGUUUGAUUCUAAUUAUUUUUAGUAGAAUUAAAGUCCUAGUCUAGAGUUAAUAGAGUCCGUUUUAAUCUUAGUCAAUCAGUUAGAUAAUUUAAGAGUCUUAUUUUGAUCACUAGUUAUCUUUGUAACCGAUCAGUAUUGCUUCUCUAUUUAAAUGGGAUU